CGGGUGAAAUUUCACUAAACUUGGCAUAAAAAAACUAAAGGAAAUCAUCCCCGGACCAAAUUGUAUAAAAUUUUGCUUGGAAAGAGUGAUGUUCUUCCGUUCUUGAGCCGAUCCAAACGCCUGAACAAGCCGACCCUUGUAAUUAAUGUGAGCAAAAAUGGAGCUAAAGCGGCUCACACGUGAGGCCAUGGCAAAGUACAUUCAGGAGCGGAAUGACUUGUCCAUCACCAUUUACCACCCAAAAGUGGCCCAAAAGUCUUACGGCACGGAAAAGAGGUUUUUCUGUCCGCCUCCCUGCAUCUACCUGAGCGGAUGGCAAAACAAGCAGCAGGAGCUCAUGCGACUAGGUUACUCCGAGGAGAGUGCCGAGCUUUGUGCCUUCAUCGGAAUUGGCAGUACUGAGAAGGACAUGCAGAUCCUCGACACGGAAAACAAAGAUUACUGUGCAGCCAAAACUCUGAGCAUCUCAGACUCUGACAAGCGGAAACAUUUCAUGCUAACUCUGAAAAUGUUCCACAAAGUCGGCUACGAUAUUGGAAUUUUCCACAGCAAAAGAAUCAAAGUCAUUUCAAAACCCUCAAAGAAAAAGCAGUCAAUAAAGAAUCCUGAUCUCUGCGUGCCAAGUAGAAGUACAAUUGCCCUUUUCAACCGACUCCGAUCUCAAACUGUCAGCACAAGAUAUUUGCAUGUGGACGAGGGCAAUUUUGUUGCCAGCUCAACCAAAUGGGGUGCCUUUACAAUUCACCUUCUUGAGGAUGACGAAGUGGAGUCGGAUGAAUUUGUAACUUGUGAUGGCUACAUCCAUUACAAUAACACCGUGAAACUGGUUUGCAGUGAAACCGGAAUGGCCCUCCCUCGGCUCGUGAUAAGAAAAGUGGACAAGCAGAUGGUCCUCCUGGACGCCAGCGAUGCUGUUUCCCAGCUCAACAAAUGUGCCUUUUAUCUCAAAGAUACCGAACGCAUGUACCUCAGGCUUGCUCAAGAUAAAAUAAUGCAAAUUCAGUCUACACCGAGUCCCAAAGAUCCAAACAAAGAAAGCAUCACCGACAGUGCCUGCUGGACCAUUAUCAGCACAGACAAGGUGCAGUACCAGUUUUACGAAGGAAUGGGACCUGUCCUCACCCCAGUGACCCCGAUACCUUUGGCAACAUCUCUCCACUUAAAUGGAGGAGGAGAGGCUGAAAUGCUGGAGCUCACGGGUGAAAAUUUCACACCAAAAUUGACAGUAUGGUUUGGCGAUGUUGAAGCCGAAACGAUGUACCGGUGCCAAGAAAGUAUUUUGUGCCUUGUUCCAGACGUGUCCUCUUUCCACUCUCAAAUAGCGCAGGUUCCUAUAUCACUAGUACGCAACGACGGUGUCAUUUAUUCAACGGAUCUCACAUUCACCUACACAGUCGAGUCUCUCACUGCCAACAACCCAACACCCAUGGACAUUGCCAUCAAAGAUGAGUCGCAGUCGCCAACAUUCCAGCAGUUCAGCUUGGGCCCAAAUUACAGCUACCAAAUGCACAACAACUACUGAUUGAUUUCUCUUCUUUAAAUUAUUUCUCUAGUUUCGUAAUUAAAAUCUUUACA